AUGUCAUCCGCUGCUAAUCCACCACCGCCCUCACCCGAGUACCUCGCAGAGACCCGAGGGCCUGUCAUUCGUACCGUCACUUGGCUCUCUGUUUUUAUUCCAGUGCUUCUCGUUUCUCUACGAAUCUACACGCGAGUCUUUGUGCGCAAAGUAUUUGGUGUAGAUGACUGGGUCAUUGCACUUUCUCUACUCUCCCUCAUCGCAUACGGAGUCAUCAUCGAAUUAGCCGUCCAAAAAGGCCUCGGUCGACACAUCGAAUGGGUUCUCACCGUCGUCCCUGAAAAUGCCGUCCCAAUCGGUCUCCUCGGCCAAGUGUCGCAGCCUCUGGUCAUCAUGUCAUGCGCUUUCGGCAAGAUAUCAUUCUCCAUCAGUCUCAUGCGUCUGGCGGUGCAGCCAUUCAUACACAGAUUCCUGUGGUUCAUUGUCGCUUCUAUGCUCACGCUGCAUAUUUUGAUUUCUAUCAUUAUCUUUGUCAGAUGCAAAGACCCGAGGACGACAUGGAACCCGGCUAUAGUCAGCCAGUGCUGGGCUCCUCAUGUCUAUUUGGGGGUAAUGUACUUUAUCGGAGCCUAUUCUGCUGCUACAGACUUUAUCCUUGCUCUCUUACCCUGGGCCAUGCUGUGGAACCUGAACAUGAAGAGCAGAGAAAAGUUUGGUGUCGCCAUCGCUAUGAGCCUUGGUGUCUUUGCCGGGUCCAUCGCAAUCAUCAAAUGCACCAAACUCAAAGCCAACGCAACAAGUCUCGACCCAACCUUUGACGUCGGUGAGCUUCUCCUAACAGCCGGAGCCGAAAACGCCCUCAUCAUCAUUGCCGCCUGUCUUCCGACCCUUCGACCUAUUCUACGCAAGGUGUUUCCAUCGACAGCAAAGUCGAGCGAGAACUCGCACCCUUUAAAGAAUCUCCCCAAUAGCAUCAUGUUUGUACCAAAGCACAAGGCUGGUCAAUGGAGUGCUCUUGUCGAGACGGAGGCUCAUCCAGAAAGACACUCUGAUAAUCAAAGUGACAGAAGUAUUCUCAAUGAACAUCGUGUGGCUAUGGGGGACGGACAAGAGAAUGCCAAGACGUCUGGUCCUUCUAGUCCGCGGAUAACAAAGACAAGGGAGGUGAUUGUGUCUUAUGGUAGAUCUGAAAGUAGAUAG